AUGACAGAGACUGGAUUUAACACUGUCACCGGGCAUAAAAAGAUUGAUCCAACCUUGUGGGAAAAGGAUGCUGGACCGGGGGACAGUGUAGAAGCGUUGGUCAACUACACAAUAAGGGCCAUGUACGAGGCUGCUAUUAGUCAUUACUUUGACCGUGAACUAUUCAAAUGGCUUCAUGAUUACUUCAAAGAAUGGACUCUGGUCGAAUUCAAUAAGCUUGACAGGACCACGAGAAGCAAGCUGAAAGACUUCCUUCAGAUACGUGGUGUUUAUUUGGACCAUAGAGCUCAGUUAACACCAAGGAGUGACACCACCCCACCGGCUAAGAGAAUUGAGAAUCAUAAUAGGGAUCACCUUAUUGGAUUGCCUUAUUCUGACAAGGAAAAGGAAGAGACAACACUUGGGAGAGAUCCAGAGAGAAGAAUCAAUAAUAACCCCCUACAGCUGGAGACUCAUGUCCGAGAUCUUGAUAGUCGUACACCCUUGACUGGUGCCAACGCAGUGCCAAUAGGGACACCGGCCCCUAGUCUAAUCAAGAUAUCUACCACACCACCUCCGCGUCCCUCUACGUCGUUGACAUCUGCGAGGCAACUUGAUGAGUACAUGAGAUUGCCGCCUACAGAGUAUGAACAAGAGGAUAUUGACCCAUCGUUGGCCGCAAAGUUUUCCAAGGCAUGGGACAAGGCAGAGAGUUAUUCAGGAGAACGAUAUGAUAUCCUAGACGACAAAGUCCUUGCUUUCCUGAGAGUUUGUCGAUUGAUUGGAGUACAAUUAACGCAAUAUGCGUACAAAGCUAUAAAGGCGUACUUUGACACGGAUUCUAACCAUCAGGUGUACUACCAGGACUGGACGUCGACCACAUUAAAAGGCAUUCUCCGUAACAACCCCAGCAAAACGCUUAUGGAAGCAGUAGAAAUCCUUAUUGAGAAACUUCACUUGUGCCAACGUGCUCUAGGAAAUGCGUACAAGGGCCAGGAACAUCUAGUUGCUGCUGUCACUAGAGUCUGUCAAGAUUUGCCUGAGAUGAGCGACGCUCUUAGUGAUCCUGCAACAAAUUUUGAGACGUUGGUAUCAAGACUCCGUGCCAGGGCCGCUGUGGUCUAA